AUUUCGCACUGGGCGAGUGCGCCGCGCGCCGCGUCGGACGGAACUCCGAUAGCAGAAAGCAGAAAGUUUUGUGUCGUGUGGUGUUGGUUGGUUAGCGUGGUGGGGUGGUGUGGACAGUGCGCCUCAUCUUCAGGGACUUUACUGUGAUAUUUCGGGCCUGAAAGUGAUGAAAGCAGCGUAAACCGUGGAAGUAACGGGGGGACACGCGCCCCUUUUGCCGUUUUAGAGCCAGUUUUAUUUGUAGAAACCCAACCAUGCAUCCAGCCAUACCUAUUGCCGGUGUUUUCAUCGGUUGCGGCAUCAAUGUCGUCUUCUUGGAACUCCUCGUCAAGGAAGAUCCAGGAAGUGGCAAUCUUGUCACAUUUACCAACUUCUUCUUCAUUGCUUUAAUUGGAUUUGUUGUUACGGCCAAGUUUGGAACUGUCAAGCCUAAUAUCGGGCUAAAAGACUACUUUAUUUUGGUUUUAAUGUUCUUUUUCUCCAAUCUUUGUAACAACUAUGCUUUUAAUUUCAAUAUACCGAUGCCUCUUCAUAUGAUAUUCCGUGCGGGCUCCCUUAUUGCUAAUAUGAUAAUGGGUAUCAUAAUUUUGAAAAAGAAGUAUACCCUCUCAAAGUAUCUGUCAGUGGCCAUGAUCACUCUGGGUAUUGUCAUAUGCACCAUUGUAUCGAGCACAGAAGUGAAAUCAACUGUUCCUCCCCCAAAGGAUGGGUCAGAAGCAAUUCAAACAACCCCCUAUGAAGAUUUGUUCUGGUGGUCAUUAGGUAUUCUUCUGUUAACAAUUGCUCUAUUUGUCUCCGCAAGAAUGGGUAUUUAUCAAGAAGUUUUGUAUCAAAGAUUUGGAAAACAUUCCCAAGAGGCAUUGCUUUACACGCAUCUUAUGCCGCUGCCAAUGUUCCUGCUGAUUGGGGGCAACAUCUACAGUCACUUAUCGAUUGCAGUUGAAUCUGUUCCUUAUCAAGUACCACUUAUUGGUCUGUCUGUGCCAAUCAUGAUAGUGUAUCUUCUUGGGAAUGUUGCAUCACAGUACCUUUGCAUCAGUUCAGUCUACAGACUAACAACGGAAUGCUCCUCAUUGACUGUCACCCUUGUCCUCACUCUACGUAAGUUUGGUUCACUUGUUUUCUCCCUUGUGUAUUUCAAAAAUCCAUUCACUAUGUACCAUUGGGUGGGAACCAUUUUGGUUUUUGUUGGAACUUUGGUCUUUACUGAGGUUCCUCAAAAGAUUAUUGGAGCAGUGUCUCCGUCAACCGAGAAGAAGCAAAAAGUAGGUAAAGACAAAGCCAAACAAAAGAAGACAAACUAGUUUUAAUUAUCAUUUAUUUUUAAAUUUGAAGCAAUACUAAUGCUUUUGACUAUUGUUAAUUGUUGAUUGUCACAGCAUUAGUUUUAAUAGGUCAAUAUGUGGUUACUCUGUGUUGAGAUGCUCACCAAAGAAAUUUACCCAUUGAAGCCAGAAGCUUUUCUGGUAAAACUCAGUAUUAUAAUAUUGUGAGUGUGCAUUUGAUGUGUUUACACACCCAGAAAAGCGUGCUCUUGUGUCAUGCACAAUAUACUUGAAUUGAUUGCAAUCUACUUGAUAAUCUCAAGUACAAUUGUAUACAAUUGCCAUGUAUACAUGAGUAUUUGGUUUCAAAUCAACUCCAAUUUAUUCUCAAAUUGUUUCCCUUUGUGCUUGAAUAAAACACAUGUUCUUGGUUUAUCUCUUAGCUAGGCUUGGAUUUAGUGCCAAAAUGUUUUUGAGGUAUUCAAACUUCACACUUCUCUGGGUGCACAGAUUCCUAGUUUGAAUCCUGGUACAUUUUUGGUUGUGGCUAUGCCACAUGCCUCCCUCAAUGGGAGCAAUUUUAUUAUUUUAUUCUUUAAAACUCCUGUGCUGAAAUUGGAUUGUAUCGGCCGGUCCGAAAUCCUUGUAAAUUUUUAUCAAACAUUGAUGUUUUAUGAGUUUUUGUCUUCAUUACAGUUACAUUAUUACAAUGUGUGUUUAUAUAAUUUAAUAAUUUUAUGAAAUAAGGCAUUUAAGCUUUAAAACUGUUUCUCAUCUCUAUUAUUUUUAUAUCAAACUUGCAUUAAAUGCUCCAUGUGCAAUAUACUUAAUAUCUGUUGUGCAACAGAUAACUUAAUUUUUACUGGCUUUUAUCAAAUGCGUAAAAUUCGUAUCAAGUUGAUUUUAAUAAAGAAGAAGUCGGAAA